AGGCCACCCGUGAGUUUCAAGGCGAGAUAGGAGGUCUUUGGGAUUUUAGGAAUGACUGUCAUAUGAUUCAGCUUUCCUUUCCUCAGUGGUUUCCUAGACGCCAUCACAUAGGCACGCAGAAGCCUGCCGUUCCAAGGGCAGACCAGUGUGGCAAACCUCUGAAUAACAGAAACCCAGAGCUGGUUCUUAUUCCUGGAGUACUUAUUUAUUUUUUUUUAAACUAAGGGACAACUGGAUUCUAAAUAUUAUUCUGACGUCUCAUUCUCUGACUGACUUGAGAUUGUUAUCAGGUCAAGAUUUGGCAGAAAAGCUUACUUUUGAGACAAGAGGGAAGAGACCUCUCACCCCGUAGCCCUCAUCUGUGUCGUAACCAGAGAGCCUGGAGAGGAGGCUGAGCUGGCAGGACAGUGUGCACUCAUUAAUACUUCCUGCUUUUAAACCAAAAAAACCCCUCGUGAAUGUGUGUUACUUUGCUUCCAGUGAAGACAUCCGGGACUCUGUUUUCAAAGUGUUCAGAAGCUUUUUUGUAACUGGAAUUUUUUUUUCUGGGGGGUGGUGUGUCUUUUUCUCACCUCAUUAUUGGUCCACAGUAUUUACUUUUCAUCUCUCUCAAUGAACAGGACAGAAUGAUUAAAAAGGAGAUAAGUGUGUGUCAACAAACUCAGGCCCUUCUCUACAAGAAUCUUCUUAAAAAAUGGAGGAUGAAGAAAGAAAGCUUAUUGGAAUGGACAGUCGCAUUGCUUCUCGUGCUGUCUUUGUGCACCUUUCGGGAAAUCUUCAAAGCUAAUCAUUUUCCUGAACAGCCCCCUCGUGUCCUGGGGCACGUGGAUGAAUUUAAUGACUCCGAUCCAGAGGUGGUGGCCUACACCCCAGUCACUCACAUGACGCAGAGGAUAAUGAAUAAGAUGGCUAUGGCUUCCUUUAUGACAGGAAGGACAAUCAUUGGGACUCCUGAUGAAGACACCAUGGACAGAGUAUUUCCAAAAAACGACUCUGAAAUGGUGGGAAUUGUGUUCACUGACACUUUCUUAUAUCGGCUAAAGUUCCCGUGGGGGCAUCGAACCCCAGAUAUCGGAGAACACUUUGAAUACUCAGAACACUGAUGGGCUGUGUAUGAUGAAAUUUUUUGUCCCUUGGCAACGUACUGGCAAAGAGGGUUUGUGGCUUUUCCAACUGCAAUGAAUGCUGCAAUUAUAGAAGUCACAACUAAUCAUUCCGUGAUGGAAGAGUUGACAUCAGUGAUUGGAAUAAAUAUGAAACCCCCUUUCAUUUCUCGGCAAGAAACUGUAAAUGAAUGGUUUAUUUUUAUUUGUGUAGUUUGUUUCUCCCCUUUUGUGCACGUUGCAUCAUUAAACAUGACAAAGGAAAGAAAAAAAUGUAAGAAACUGAUGACACUGAUGGGCCUCCGAGAGUCAGCAUUCUGGCUCUCUUGGGCAUUGAUGGACGCUGGCUUCAUCAUCAUCAUAUCCGCUUUUAUGGCUCUGGUCAUAACACUUGUCCAAAUUAUAGUCAUUACUGGCUUCAUGGUGAUAGUCGCACUCUUUAUCCUAUAUGGCCUGUCUGUGAUAGCACUGGCUUUCCUUCUGAACGUGUUGGUAAGGAAACUGAUUCCUGCGGGUUUGGUUGGGUUUCUCUUCACCGUGUUUUGGGGGUGUCUCGAGUUCACUGCACUGUACACACAGCUUCCUUCACCGCUGAAGUGGGCCUUCGGUCCUUUCAGCCCUUUUGCCUUCACUGCUGGAAUGGCUCAGAUUUUACACCGGGCUUAUUACGUGAAUGGUGUUGUUUUUCCUGAUCCUUCUGGAGAGUCAUAUAUGAUGAUAAUGACUUUUUUCAUUUUGGCAUUUGACACUUUUCUCUAUUUGAUGUUAACAUUAUAUUUUGAGCGUGUUUUGCCUGAUGAAGACAGCCACCGGCUUCCACUGUUGUUUUUCCUGAAGUCUUCAUUGUGGUCCCCAAAUCAAAAUACUCAUCGUGAAGUCUUCGAGAAUGAAAUGAAUCCUGAGCAUUCCUCUGGUGAUGCUUUUGAACCAGUGUCUCCAGAGCUCCAUGGAAAAGAAGCCGUGAGAAUCAGAAAUGUUAAAAAGGAAUAUAAUGAAAAGCCUGAAAGAGUAAAAGCGUUGCAAGGCGCGUUUCUUGACAUAUGUGAAGGACAGGUCCCUGCAAUACUUGGACAUGGUGGAGCUGGUAAAUCGACACUGCUCAACAUUCUUAGUGGUUUGACUGUUUGUGAGCAAGGAUCAGCCGCUAUCUAUAAUACCCAGCUCUCUGAAAUAAUGAGCACAGAAGAAAUCAGAAAGAACACUGGAUUUUGUCCACAAUUCAAUAUUCAAUUUGAUUUUCUUACUGUGAGAGAAAAUCUCAGGCUAUUUGCUAAAAUAAAAGGGAUUCAGCCAAAAGAAGUGGAACAGGAGGUAAAAAGAGUUAUAAUGGAAUUAGAUAUACAGAACUUUCAAGAUGUCGUUGCUGAAAGAUUAAGUGGUGGACAGAAGAGAAAACUAACAUUUGGGAUUGCCAUUUUAGGAGAUCCUCAGGUUUUGCUGCUGGACGAACCAACUGCUGGACUAGAUCCUUUUUCAAGGCACCGGGUGUGGAACUUCCUGAAGGAGCGGAAAACAGACCACGUGAUUCUUUUUUGUACCCAGUUCAUGGAUGAGGCUGACCUCUUGGCUGAUAGGAAAGUGUUUCUGUCUAAAGGGAAGCUGAAGUGUGCGGGGUCGUCUUUGUUUCUGAAGCGAAAAUGGGGCAUUGGAUAUCAUUUAAGUUUACACAGGAACGAAAUGUGCGGUACGGAGGGGACCACGUCCCUCGUUAGACGCCACGUCUCUGACGCCAAGUUAACAGCGGAAAGUGAAGACAAACUUGUGUAUGGUUUGCCUUUGGAGAGAACAGACAAAUUUCCAGGUCUUUGCAGAGACCUUGAAGAGUCGUCUGACCAGGGCAUAAUGAAUUUUGAUGUUUCCAUGACAACUCUGAGUGAAGUAUUCCUGAAUCUAAAAGGCGAAUCAGCAGUUGAUGAGCCAGGGAUGUGUGCCUCCUUAGCUAACCAACGAAUGCUAAUUAACAUCUUGAGGACACAUAGUGUAAUCAGAUGUCGUCUUCUCUUACUUUGUAAUAAUAAUAAUCAUCUGAAGAGAUUAGAAGGCUACCAUGUACCAGCAGCCACUGUGCUCAGCUGUUGGGUCACAGAGUCCUUAACUCCCGUGAAUAACGUCACGAUGCCGGGGAGACACCGGAGAGGGAGAGAGGCUGAGUGUCUGGAAAUGAAGUAUGGCAGAGAAACAAUGAGGAAAGAUCCAGUUUUCAGAAUCUCUCCAAGAAGACGGGAAAAUCAUCCGAAUCCGGAAGAGCCAGAAGACGAAGAUGAAGAUGUUCAAGUUGAAAGAACCAGAACAGCCAGUGCACUCACUCCCUCAAACUUGGAUGAGAAACCAGUAAUAAUGGCCAGCUGCUUACACAAGGAAUAUAAAGAGAAAAAGUAAAGUUGCUCAACAAGAAAGAAGAAAAUUGCCAUUCAAAAUGUUUCUUUCUGUGUGAACAAAGGUGGUGUGUUGGGAUUGCUGGGCCACCAUGGAGCUGGGAAGAGUAUUUCUAUUAAAAUGGUAACUGGAGACACAAAGCCAGCUGCAGGAGUGGUGGUUCUACAUGGCAGUGGAACAGCUCUGAAGCAACAGGAAGGUGGUGUCAUGGGGUUUCUGGGGUACUGUCCACAGGAGAACUCGCUGUGGCCCGAUCUUACGAUGAGAGAACACCUGGAGUUAUAUGCUGCAGUGAAAGGACUGGGCACAGAGGAUGCUGCUCUUAGUGUUUCAAGGUUGGUGGAUGCGCUCAAGCUGCAGGACCAGCUGAAGCUCCCCACGAAGGCCUCGUCCGAGGGAAUAAAGAGGAAGCUGUGCUUCGCGCUGAGCAUCCUGGGAAACCCGUCGCUGGUGCUUCUGGACGAGCCAUCCACGGGCAUGGACCCCGAGGGGCAGCAGCAGGUGUGGCAGGCAAUUCAGGCCGCUGUUAAGUACACGGAGAGGGGCGCCCUCCUGACCACGCAUUACAUGGCGGAGGCCGAGGCCGUGUGUGACCACGUGGCCAUCGUGGCGUCCGGAAGGCUGAGGUGCAUUGGUCCCAUUCAACAUCUGAAAAGCAAGUUUGGUAAAGACUGUCUACUGGAAGUGAAGGUGAAGGAACUCAUUCGGGAGCCUCUCCACACAGAGAUCCUGAAACUCUUCCCCCAGGCUGCUCGGCAGGGAAGAUCUUCCUCUGCGAUGGCAUAUAAAUUACCUGCGGAAAAUGUUCGUCCUCUUUCUCAGGCCUUUUCCAAAUUAGAGGCAGUGAAACAGACCUUCGACCUGGAAGAAUAUAGCCUCUCUCAGGCUACCUUGGAACAGGUGUUCUUAGAACUCCCCAAAGAGCAGGAGUGGGGAAAUUUUGAUGAUGAAGUUGAUACAACAGUUAGAUGGAAGCUCCUCCCCCAGGAAGAGCCUUAAAGCCCUGAACCUCCUGAUAUUAGCUGUCCUAUCUUACUACGUUAUUAGUUUCCAUGAUUUGAGAAGAAUCUUCCAUAUGAUUCCAGUUAGCAAAAUGUAGAGUCAUUUCAGUAAUGAUUAAGGAUUUAAAUAGUUUUGUAAGUUUUAGAUUGAAGGGAAGAGGCAAAGACGGAAAGGUGGCCCACAAAAUUUACAUCACUGGACAUCAUAUCAGUCAUGAAUAUUGGCCUAUUUUGUGCUUAAUAUUAAUUCAAAAAUUACAUAAUGUUAGACUAGUUUUUUGUUAGUAUCAGGCUGACCACUGAGCACAUUUUACAAAUAAAACGUUGUAGGCUUUUUAAAACCUAACUAUGCAUACAGCUUUUUAAAGCAUUAUUUACUUCAGUACCAACUUAAUGCAACAUGGAUGCUACAGGGACAGUCAAAAGAUCUAAUAAGACCACAGAUGAAAUGACACAGUGUAACCUUUAGGAAUAAUUGUAUAUUCUGAGUAUAAAAUAAAUGUAUGCUAAUUUUAGGGUAUAUAGAAAGUAUGUAGAUGAAGAUAACAGCAGUCUCUAGUAGACACCACAGUAAAUAUUUUGGUCUACCUGUAUUCAGUGUGCUUUUUCAGUACUUUUUCAAAGUUGAUCUCAUGAGCAUAGUUCUCUUUAUAUUUUUUCACUAACAGUCCGGGAACAUUUCCCAUGUCCUCCUAACCCCUUUGGGUCCUGUAACGGCUCCGUGGCAUUCCUUUGAUGUCCCUCACGGUGUUUCCUUUUCCUUUUCACCAUAGCUGAGUUUGGGUUACGUGCACUUUGGCCUCAUAAAUAAAGCUGCAGUGACCUUC